GCUCGGGUGCAUGCGUGCUGCUGGAGUCAGUGACGUUCUUGUCCCAGAAUGCUGCCUGGUAAACAGACAUGGAAGCACCUGGUGGAGACCUCCACAGUCACUGAGCGCUGCACUCGCUCUUUAAGCUGAUCUUCAUUUUCAAUACACCCUAAAGCCUGCGCCUUUGUUCUCGUUGGAGCUCUACCGGGACGUCUGGAGUCCAUGACAUUGAUUCUCCCACCAGCUUGUGUGGCAGUCUGGAAUCUUCAAAGCUGAUGAGGAUCUUCUGACUUGACCAGUUUUGUUCCAAUUUUUACAUUUGACAAGCGGAAAGAAUGUCGGAUAGGGCCGAUGAUGACGUCAGGGGGGAGCAGCAGCGCAGCAGAGCGGCCAGGCAGCUGAAGCAGCGGGGAGAAGCCUCCACAGCAAUGGCGACUGUUGCGGAGCGCAGAUCCCUGCCUAGUCCUGAAAUAAUGCUGGGACAGCCGUGGAGCAGCUGGGUCGAUACUGUGAAACUGAACGGGAGUGACGGUACAGAAUUGGAAGAAAGUUUGAAAGAGUGCGGGAGAAAUCGCGAAGCCAUGAGACUCUGCAGAGACGAUAUGCCCAUCUUUGGUCAGUGUCCUGCACAGGACGACUUCUACCUGGUCAUGUGCAGCCACUGCAGUCAGGUAGUCAAACCCCAGGCCUUCCAAGCACACUACGAGAGAAGACACAGCUCCAUCAGCAAGCCCCCAUCCAGCUUUGCCUCUACUGCAUUCGCAAUCUCUCGGAAUAAGGGCAGCAUUGGGGGCGGAGUUGGGGGUGGGGUUGUCAGUGGAGGUACACUGACACGCCCCUCCAGCGCAAACAGCAGCAUCCCUAAAAUCUUCAAACCAGCCAAAGAGAAGCUGCCUAACAGGAAGCCUCACUUCCCUUAUAGGGUGCUGCAAGAAGAGAGCCUCAUCCCUGCAGUCAAAGUAGAAAAAGUCCAUGUGAAGGUGGAUUUUUCAGCCAAACUCACCCAUGUGCCCGCCUCCUCUUCCAUUUCCUCCUCUUCCUCAUCCUCCAAUACUGUGAGCACCUCUCCGCUGAAGCCAGGCCUUAACUUCACCUCCAUACCAAAGGCUCCACAUAUGGCCCCUGGCCAGAUCCCCAAUGGAAAGGGAAAUCUCUCAUCCCUUGACAAGAAACAGGAAAACUCAUCCUUUGACAAGAAACAGGACAACAGCAGUGCCAGUAGCAAAAGACCCUUAUACAAGAGACAAGAACGGGAAUUUAAUCCAGAUAUCCAUUGUGGGGUUUUGGAUAUGACAGCACGUAAGCCAUGCACAAGAUCCUUAACAUGCAAGACACAUUCCAUAAGCCAGAGGAGGGCGGUGCUCGGUCGGCGGCAACGCUUUGACACACUGCUUGCUGAGCACAAGAGCAAAGCACGUGACAAGGAGCUGCAGUUCAGGUUGGACCCCUCCCACCCAGCACCCCCUCUCAGGGACCCUCACCCACCCCCCUCCCGUCUCUCACAAGACCCUCACCCAGUCUCCCAUGGCAAUGGCACUGCCGAUGCCUCCAAGCCUUUGCCCCUCAGCAAACCCAAACCUCAUAAUUCUGGGCUUCCACGACUAAACAGCAGUUAUUCUCACAGUGGAGGAGAUCCAGCCAUGGCCCACGAGCAGGCCCACCAUUCUCAUCUGGCCCCUGCCAGUACCGAGGCCAGCCGUCUCUCCAGCGAUGAGGGGGAGAAUGAGGAGAGAGAGGAGAGCACAGAGAAACUGGACUGCCAUUAUUCGGGUUACCACCCACGACCAGCUGCUUACUGCACUUUUGGAAGUCGAUUGUUCGGUAGAGGUUGUUAUGCAUUUGACCGGCGCUGGGAUCGAGUUCGGUGUGUUCUGACCACCAUGUUUGACAAACAUGUCAACUCACAAAUGUGGAAAAAAAUUCCUCUGGUAUUGGAGAACUCUUCAACAACACAAACAGCCUCUCACCGGGCAAGCACAAACUCCCACUCUUUCUCUUCAUCCUCCUCCAUUUCCACAGGCUUUCACAGCCUGUCCUCACCACCACCCUAUGACAGCAAGCCAGUCCUGUCAUACGGCACUACCCUGAAUGCCCGCUCUUCUCAGCAAGCCUCCACCACCGAGCAGCCCGCCUACAGUGGCAUGUCUAGACAAGUGUCUGCCUCAUCACCCCAGAUGCCUUCAGCCCACUCAUCCUCGCUCCCCUCUCUGGGCUCCAACCGACCCCUCAAAUCCAGAUCUGGAACAAAAUCUUUCAGGGUGAGGGAGCUAUCCUCCAGCCUAAAUAACUCUAUCAUCAAGGGCAGCACUAAUAGCAGUGCUAGUGUCAGCAGUAGCGGGAGCAGUAGCCUCAGUUCUGGUAAAAAGCGAAAAAACAGCUCCCUGGUAACCUUGCACAGCACUUACACCUCUGAAACUUCCUCCUCUUCCUCUUUAAAGAAGAACUGUGCUGUAAACUCGGGCAUCCUGGGGAGCACGUACCACACUACUCUUGCCUCUACUCCAACUUCAUCUUCAUCAUCAUUUUCAUCUUCAUCCCACAGUGGGGUGUACAGUGUGGGGGUAAACUCCACACCAGGCAGGGCCAACUCUUUGAGUUUAAAGCAGGAGUCGGCAGGGCGUGGUCCUCCUUCAGGAAGCCCGGCAGAGUCUAUUAAGCGAAUGAGCGUGGUUAUGAACAGCAGCGACUCCACCCUCUCCCUCGGCCCAUUCAUUCACCAGAGCAGCGAUCACCACGGAGAUGCACGCCUGGAAGCCAAAAGGAGGAAGGGCUCGCCUGGCUCAAGUAGCCUCAACAACACAGCAUCUGGAACAGGAGGGGGAGGAGGACAGGGUCCUGGCAGGCCCAAAAUAGCCAAGUCUCCAUCAAUCAACAACAUCCACAGCAAAAACGCUCGCUCUAUACCUGGACCCACGGGGCUUUCCAACAAUUCUCUCAUUCAUCAGACAAAGGCUCGUCCCUGACACAGGUGUGGAAGCUCUGAGCGUGCUGAGCAGUAGGCUGGACCCAGAGCUCCUUCGGCCCCCUCAUGCCACUCUGCAGUGUCUGCACAAGGCCUUCUUUUUCUCUUACUCUUCCUACAAUCCUCAGGGUGGAAUGCACACUGGGUGGCCCAUUGAUGCCCUUCAUGGGGAUUUCCUCUCAAAGCCAUGCAGGGGCACUCUGUGGGUAUAGGAUAAUAAGCCAGAGAGAUCUAGUUCUCUUGUCAGAGGUUAUUAUUAAUCUAUACAAUGCAACAUUUGGUACAAUGCCUGCUGUGUAGAGCAAGAUCUGCCCAGCUCGAGUACUUCUGUUGGGGUGCAAAGGUACAGAUUUGGGCUGGUACGUAGCCUCACCAACACUACUAAGCAUUGGAGCGAUGUACUACACGGGCAAUUUAGCUUGAGUAUGUGGACUAAUGAAUGCAAGUGUGUGAUACCAGAAUACUGGAAACUUAAAUCCUACGCUGCCUGAACUGUGUCUUGGAGGAAGUGUACAGGAGAGCAAGGAAACAUCAACAGUUCCUGCAUAGAAACACAAUCAACUAAAGUUAAACAUAAUACAUGAUUGCUUGCUCUCUCACUGGCAGGCUGAAUAAGAUGUUCAAGCUGUGCCCACUGAAGACAGGAGUGGAGUUUUGAAAAUAAGCAACCUAAACUUAAAGAUUAUGCAAAUAAGAAUUUUUCAAAUUUCUUCAGACCACAUUUUGUUUACAGGCUUAAAAACUAGCAAAUAUAUAGCAAAUAGAACAAAGUACCAUUCAGGAUUCAUCAUGACACAUAAUACCUGAAAAAAAUAAUAAAUAAAACUAAAAAACCUAAAACCUUGAAUUGAGAUAAUAUUUUUCAAGGGACUUUGAAGUACCUUGAGACUUAUUUCAGAGAAAGGUUAUGGUUACUUUGGCCUACUUUCUUGCAAGAAAAUUUAACCUAGAAUUGAACUUGAACACCUUGCAUUGGCUAAAGCAAUUGUUUUAACCACAUUCAUUUAUUAGAGAUUUUAAUGUUUUUCAGGUUUAUGUUAGUAGCCAAGAAAACGUUGUCUCCUGAAGCUCCAAAUAAACUUGAGAAAACACUGUAAUCCUCUUAAAGUUCACUAGUUUACCCAAAAAUGAAAAUUCUCCCAUCAUUUACUCCCAUGCCAUCCCAGAUGUGUAUGUCUUUGUUUGAUCUGCAGAACACAAACAAAGAUUUUUAAAAGAAUAUCUCAGCUCUGAAGGUUUAUACAGUGCAAGUGAAUGGUGACCAGAUCCUUGAAGGUCCAAAGAGCAGCAUAAAAGUAAUCCAUAUGACACCAAUGUUAAAUCGGUAUCUUCAGAAGCAAAAUGAUAAGUGUGGGUGAGAAACAAAUCAAUAUUUAAGUACUCUUUUUACUAUAAAUGUCCAUUUUUAGAUUCUUCUAUUGUUAUUGGUUAUUCACAUUCUUUUUGCAUUUCGCCACCUACUAGGCAGGAAAUACAAUUUAUAGGAAAGUAAUUAUUAUUAAGUAUUUUUCUGUUUCUCAUCCACACCUAUCAUCUGAAGAUAUGGAUGUAACCACUGGAGUCCUGUGGAUUACUUUUAUGGUGCUUUUAUAUGUUUUUUGGACCGCAUGUUUUGCUCACCAUUCACUUGCAUUGUGAGGACCUACAGAGCUGAGAUAUUUUUCUAAAAAUCUUUGUUUGUUUUCAGCAGAAGAAAGAAAGUCAUAAACAUCUCGGAUGGCAUGAGGGUGAGUAAAUUAUGAGAAAAUUCUCUUUUUUGAGUGAACUAUUCCUUUAAAGACAUAUGCUUGCCUUGGGGAGAGUCUCAUCACAAACGUUCAGUUUUAGGUAUAUUAAGGGCUUGCUUUAGUAAAGCUUUUAGCACAUGCAAAAAAAAAAAAACUUUUGCUGGAAUAAAAAAAGAUAGACACCAGGUGAUGUUUCAACCUCCUCCAAUUACUGAUCGUAGCACUAAAGCAGCAUGUGUUGAAAUGUAUAUGUACUAAAAGCAGCAGAAAAGAUUGCUUCAAAAAGAAUGUAGGAGAGUCUCCUCAUGUUACAGUGUUAAUGCCUGUGGCAUGGGGUUCAUUUUGUGCUGUUUCAAUCUCAAAAAGACCAACAUUGCACUGACACUUCUGUCAUCUCAGCAAUGGAAGAAACAUCUACAUGACACUCAAUACUGUGAGACACAUGCAUCCUGUAUUGCAGGAAAUACUUCAAAAGAUGUGCUGUAGUCAUCACUAUCUCAAGAAGUUAAAAACCACUACCUUAUACUGCAACUGAACGUUCCUGCUGGAUUUAUCCCAGCAACAUGUAUUGUUCCAACACAAACUUUUGUUAUUCAAUACCCUAAAGAGGUUAGUAGCUGGAUGUUCUGAUAUGAGUUACAUUUUCAUUGUGGGCUUGUCAACUUAAAAGGCAAUAUAGUUUUUUCAUUGAGUUGAUCUUCAUGGAGUAUCCACUUGUACUAAAGAUUUCAGCUGGAAUUUGUUGCGUUAGUUAGGGCUCUUUAAAUCUCCUGUAAAUUCCUUAAUGCCACUGAUGUCAGUCAGCAAUCAUUGCUGAGAAUUAGAGCACGAUUUUUUCCUUUGGCUUUUUUCAUACACAAAAACCGAAAACAAAUAUUUGAAAUUUCCCUAUUUCAGAAUACAUAUUUUGUUAAAGAAUUGUACAUAUUGAGAUGUAUUUUUGCACAGGCAUUUUCUUAAACGAUUUUUGGUACAAUUGAGAUCAUUAUUAUUUAUUUAAUAAAUGGAAACAUUCUAAGAUUAUUAGAAGUGGUUCACUGCCAAGCUGAUAAUGCAAUACACCCCUAUCAAAAUAGCUUCUUGUUAGUCAUAUGCCGAGUAACCUUGGACAGAUUGUUUCCACAGCCGUGGGAAAUCAUCUACACCACACACACACACAUAUAUGGAGUCCUUUUUUUUUUUUUGAUGCCUUGCCAUCUGAAACAAAGUGGUCAGAGAAUGUGAUAAAAUGGCCUGUUCAACUGAAAAUGACGUUAAGUCUGUCUGAUGUAUUUUGUAGUUGGACGUCAACUGGGUGAGGGACUAGGGAACAAGACAUUUGUUCUAACAGUUGUACAGUGCAAAAUUGGUCGCACCACUGUUGCCAAACAUUGUAAUAUUAAUUAACAUUUCUUUAAACUCUUGACAAAAAAGAGAAAGUGCCUGAAUUAGUUUCUCUUCGACUGUUAAGGCAAAGAUUAUUUCAUGUGACAUUUUUUCACAGUACUUGAAUGUUAAAUAAGUGUUUAGAAACUUGCUUUUUUAAAACCUGCCUAGGAAUCUCAUUUGUUGCCCUUUUCCUCUUUAAGUAGAGCAGUAAGUUGACACAGGCUGGGAUGGAAAGUGCAUGGCAGAGUAUCAACUGACAAUGACACGAUACAAGCUUUCUGUCCCUUGUAUUGUUUUACGACUUUGAGUACUCGACAGAAAUGUUCAAAGUCAGAGGUAUUGAUAUUUUUGUGGAAAAAAAUGGGACAUUGUGGCUUGAAGUCUAUGAUUUAGGCAGAUAAAUGUACUGUUUACCUUGAAAUUGUAACUCCACUGUUUUCAUAUGAUUAGAGCUCUGUGAAGAUGUUUAAAACACCACAGAUUUGGAAUGUGAAUCAAAGAUUAGCGCAGUUUGCUUUUUGGGGAAGACGCCUCUAUAUAUAAACAAUGUACAAGUGUGUAUAUUUUGAAAUUUUUUUUUUUUUUGUACGCAUAUUCAAAAUCAGCUGGACUUUUGUGUGUUGGCUGCUAUGUAAUUCAUGAACAAACACAGUAGGGUAGAUUUACUUAAUAUUUAAAGAAAAGAUUGUAUAGUAUAUUUGU